UUCUAAAAUGAGAUAAGAAAAUAGAGUGCAUUAAAUGUAAGCGUUUAGUAGGAAGUAACUACAUUAAGUGUUGAAAUAUUUAUUUAAAUAAUGUAAAAAUAGUUCAAAAUAGAGUUAACAAACUCGUUGUUUAAAGUUUUCAAAAACCUGAUACGUUGUAAACGAUUCAAAAAGUUUGCGCAAUAUCCUCAUAUAAUAUUUUAUAUGGGAACGUCCAUUUCCAAUCUACUCAACUACUUUUUGGGUAAGAAGAGCAUACGUAUCCUCAUGGUAGGUCUGGAUGGCGAAGUAGUCACGAUUAUUCCUACCACUGACUUGAAUGUUGCGACUGUGGAAUACAAAAAUAUACCUUUCACUGUCUGCGCAACUGGAGGUCAACAACGCAUACGCAAUUUCUGGCAUCAUUAUUUUAUUAAUACCGAAGCGGUAAUCGGUUUUUGCAAUUACUUGUACAGUAAGGGUAUAUACUUAUACUCAUAUUCACUAAUACUAUUUGUACAUACCAUAAUGUGUCUGUGCACUUUGUUUUGCCGGCUGUAAUAGCAAACUAUGCAGAGUUUUGUCUAUAAUGGCUGAAUCAUAAAAGAGUGAUGUGUAUGUUUUUUCAAACCAACAGCUGCUGAUAGACCCAAUGCAUGACUAUUGGCAACCGCAUAUUCCUAAGUUCAAUACAGUUGUAUACACAAGUUUACCACUGCGUGGCUUUUUAAAAACUAAACUGUGCUAGCCUUCACUAAUCAGUGCAUCGAAAACACUUGCUUGCAGAAUUAUUCUUCACUUGAGUUUUCUUAAGUAUCAACGAAAUGGGCGGUCGUUUAUCGCAGUUAUUUGGACGUUGGUUUCCUAAAGCUGAACCGGAAUUGCGUGUUGAUCCACUACCCACUGUUGGCUUCAAUGUGGAAAACGUGCGUUGCGGUAAAAUGUUGCUAAAUAUUUGGGAUGUUAGCGGUGCUCACCCGAGUACACGUACACUUUGGCAGAAUUACAAUCAAAAUACGCGUGCCAUUAUCUUUGUAAUUGAUGCGACAGAUGUACGCCGGUUGCCACGCGCCAUAGAUGAGUUACGUUGGUUGUGGUGUCGCCCGGAGCUGGCCGAAGCAGUUUUUCUUUUAUUUGCUAAUAAACAGGAUUUGCCGGGCGCAUUAGGUGCUGAACAGUUGGUGGCAUUAUUGCAGUUGCGGACGCUAUCACAGCAAUGGGCCAUUCAAGAAUGCUGCGCCAUAAAUGGUACGGGACUGUCUGAAGGAUUGCAACAGUUGCAACAAAUGCUGUCAAGCACGCGCAAUAAGCGUCUCAGUGCAACAUUUUCAAUUAAAUAG